CCACAAACUGUAAUAAUGAACACUAAGGUUUUCCUUCUUCUUGGACUGGCAGCCGUUGUUGCUGCAGAUAGUCUGGAAACUUACGCGUACAGGCCUCAGGGUUCCUCUGAAGAGUCAUUCGAGUCAUACGAGUCAGGAGAAGCCAAGUAUGACUUCAGUUAUGCCGUUCAGCACGAAGACUCCGGCAACGACUUCGGUCACGAGGAAGCCCGUGACGGCGACCACACUCAGGGAUCCUACUACGUGAGGCUUCCCGACACCCGCCUGCAGACUGUCAAGUACUUCGUGGACGGCGACUCCGGGUACGUGGCUGAUGUGAACUACGAGGGCGAGGCUCGUUUCCCCGACUCCUACGAGUCUGCUUCCUUCGAGUCCCGGGAGUACAGGCCCCCAAGGCCAAUCUACACCUACGGCUCCAACGAGUCCAAAUAAAUUCGUUUCGGAAACCUGAUUAUUAAAUAUGAC